UAUCUAGCUAUACCACUCACUAGUUUAGCUGGUUUAGUUCAUUUGAUUUAUUUGUUUCAAUUCAAAUAUUUGAAUAGAUUGCUUAAGUUCUAAAGAAAAUAAAAGUGAUUUUAAGCGUUACACAGCAACCAAAUAAACUAAUGUGCAAAAUAUUUUGGUCUGCUAUAAGUUUAUGACAUAAUGAGUAAUAUUUACAUUCAAGAACCACCUGCUUUGGGAAAAGUCUUACUUAAAACCAGUGCAGGUGAUAUUGACAUAGAGUUAUGGACAAAAGAAGCACCAAAAGCUUGCCGCAACUUCAUUCAGUUGUGUCUGGAGGGGUACUACAAUGGCACAAUCUUCCACCGCGUGGUGCCAGGGUUCAUUGUGCAAGGUGGAGAUCCAAAUGGCGACGGAACCGGAGGUGAAUCCAUAUACGGAGCUCCUUUUAAGGAUGAAUUCCACUCAAGGCUCCGUUUCAACAGGCGUGGCUUAGUGGCAAUGGCGAAUGCGGGUAAAGACGAUAAUGGCUCCCAAUUUUUCUUCACAUUAGCUGCAACUCCUGAAUUACAAAACAAACACACUAUCUUUGGAAAGGUUACAGGUGAAACAAUAUACAACGUGUUAAAACUAACGGAGGGUCUGAUUGGCCCCGACGACAGACCGGAACACCCCCACAAGAUAAACCGAGCGGAAGUGCUGAUUGACCCCUUUGGGGACAUAGUGCCCCGCGUUCUGCACACACCGCCGGAACAGGGGGACAAGCGGAAGAAGAAGAAGAAGGAACGGCAGGGGGUCAAAAACUUCGGCCUGCUCUCGUUUGGAGAAGAAGCGGAAGAAGAUGAAGGCGAGGCGCUCGAAUACAAGGGGAAGCCGAAAUCGACACACGACCUGCUGGAAGAUCCGAAAUUGAGCAAGAAAACCGCUGCCGAAUUAGAACAAGAAGAACAAGAGCUGGCCAACAAAGAGGAGACGGCAGAAGAAAGGGAAGUGAGAAUGCAGAAGACACAAGCGGCCGUGUCCAGUAUAAGAGAUAAACUCAGUGAUAAAAAGUCGAAGAGAGACGCGAGUCCUGACGAAGGGAGUAGUAGUAAGAGAUUGAAAGAUGAUAGCGGGAGUGAAGAGGAGUAUUAUUUGGGGAAGGAGAGGGAUUUGGAGAGAAGGAAAGAGAGAGACAGAAUAAGAAACGAAAUCAAACAAUUGAAACGAGAAAUGAGAGCGCCCAAAGACGAGCCGGUCAAGGAGGUUGAGACGGACAAACAUACAGACAGAAUGGAGGAAGACAACGAGAUGUACAAACAGUAUGUCGAGGAGCAGGAGAGAUAUAAGAAAAUGAAAGAGAAGUUACCUAAGAAAGGGACGGCUAGAAGCCGUAGAACUAAAACGAAAAAGGCCAAAAGGAAACCGUGGGUGAAGAAUUUGUACGAGAAUCGCGAUUAUCCCGACAACUAUACUGACAAGAAGUUCCUUGAAGACUUAAGGAAAAAUGUGUACAUACAAAAAGUGACGUUAGGUCAAGCUGUUGAAGGUUCAUUUCGGGUUACGCUGAGAUUGUGCUUGUGCGUCCUUUACGCUGUCAUCUACGUGUACAUGUAUAACAAAUACGUUGAAACACAAACAAUUAUAUACUUCACAAUAUUCGUUACGGGCAUUUGCCACGUACUAUAUUUGUACGUGGAACGCACCAUAACCUAUUCCAAUUUCAAAACGGUACUAGUGUACGUUGUACUUGGUUAUUUAUUGUCACCGAUAUUGCACACUCUGACAGAUACGGUGAGUACGGAUACUAUAUACGCGUGGUCUGUUAUUAUGACGUUGGUGCAUUUAAUAUUUUUCGAUUACGAUGUACCCGUUGCGUUGGUUUCUAAGUCUUUAUCGAUAAAUGCGGCCGUUUUCGCGUCCGUAUGCCUCGUGUCUAGAUUGUCUACGCCGUUUGACGCUUUCAUACUUUUAACAGUAUCGGUUAUUUUAUUCGUACUCAGCCCUCAACUGUUCAAAGUGAUAUUGCAUACUAGGCUGUUCAAUUUGUUAUUUUUUGUAACGUUAUUAGUGACUUUUGUUAGUUUGUACAGUGUAUCUGUAACGUUAUUCUGUUAUUUUGUACUCGUUGUUGUUAUAUUGAGUUUUUAUUUUCCCGUUUUGUUCGUGCGUUGGCAGAAGUAUAAGGAUAAUAUAUAUGGGCCUUGGGACGAGGCUAUAAUUAAUGAUUCUGAUGAUUUGGACGAGUUGGUCAAUGAUGGUGUAUGACAAAAGAAUUAAUACUAACCGACGCGACGCUCUUACGGUGAGGGAAAACAUCGUGAGGAAACCUGCACAUUCAGGCAACUGGAUGUGUAACCAUAGGUCCAAUACGGGUUAGGUUUACUUGCAAAGGUUGCGGAGGUCAGAUGGGAGUCGCUUCGUGUAAAAACCUGACUCACCCAAUCUAGGAUUCUUGGUCAAAGGCGUACUCCUCUCUAGAGAGCUGAGGAUGCAACCGGGACGAAGCCAAGAGGAAGAAGGGUGUAUGCCAAAAAAUAUAUAUGACUAGCAAUAACCGCUACUUCGUCAGCAAAAAUAUGUUUAAUAUACAUUCAUAUGGUCACGUCUAUAUCCCUUGUGGGGUAGACAGAGCCAACAGUCAGGAAAAUACUGAAUAGCCAAGUUCAGUUAUUAGGCUUAAUGAUAGAAUUGAGAUUCGAAUAGUGACAGGUUGCUAGCCUAUCGCCUAAAGAAGAAUCCCAAGUUUGUGAGCCUAUCCCUUAUUUUUAAUAUUCUAAUAAAUUUAAACUGUGUUAAAUUUAAGUCUUAGGUUAAAUUUAUAUUGAGUGCUCAAAACAUCGUACCAAAGCUGUAUUAUUUUUAACACGUUUAAUGAUAUACGUUAUUUAAACGGUGUCUGUGAAUAAAUAUGUCAAUGUAUAUAUAUGUAUGAAUGUAAUUUUUAUUUUGAAUAAAUGAUUUUUUUUCACAAGCUUUUAAUUUUACCUGUUUCCGUCAUCCAUCAUAGUGUUACUGGUGGCAUUCACAGCUUUUGAUAACAAACAUUAUUUUGGGCUUUUCAUGUAACUCAA